AGUCUGACAGCCACAUCUCAUCGAUCAAGAGCUGAUCAUUAGGUGACCUAGCUAUCGGAAAAUAAUAAUAUAUAUAUAUAUAUUUUUGUAUUAUUAUUAUUAUUAUUAUCAUGGAUUCAUCUGGGAAUAGAAACACAGAAGGCAAACAGAAUGCUCCGCAAACUCUCUAUAUGCGAUAUUUAGUGUCUUUCCCAACUAUAGUGUGUUUCGUCUUAUCGCUGAGUUCAAUAGCGGUGUGUUUUCUGAUGACUUUUAAAACGCAUCAAAUGGAGAGUCGCCUGCACGCGCUGGAGCUCAAGAUGACUGACAUCUGUCAAGAAUCAUCAGACGUCUCUGUUUCACAGGAUCUGCGGGAUUCAAUUGAAACACUCUUAAAAGAGAGGCUGAAUGAAGCGAUGCCGAAACUGCGCGUGGCAAGAGACGUGACACAAGACUGCAACUGUCCUCCAGGUCCACCUGGGAAACGUGGAAGAAGAGGUGACCCUGGACCCCCAGGCAAACAUGGAAGAGAUGGUUACCCGGGUCCACUCGGUCUUGAUGGCAAACCCGGUCCUCCUGGACCUAAAGGAAGCCAGGGCCUGCCGGGACCAAAAGGAGAUAAGGGUGACCAGGGAGACUCCGGGCCAAGGAUGGUCUUUCCUCGAUAUGAUCAUGGCUACAUCUUGGCUGAUCAACCCAGUUUCCAGAGGCGUAUGCUGAAGGGUGAUCAAGGUCAGGCUGGCCCACCAGGACCUCCAGGCCCUCCUGGAUCACCCGGUCCAAGAGGGCCCCCAGGGAACACUGGAAAAGAUGGUCCCCGUGGCCCACCAGGAGAUCCAGGUGUCGCUGGUCGAGAUGGAAUGGAGGGACAACGAGGCUUACCAGGAAAGCCGGGUGAAGUUGGUGAACAAGGUUACACAGGACCACAGGGACCUCCAGGGUCAAAGGGUGAGCAGGGAGAGCCGGGUCCCCAGGGUGACCGAGGAACCGACGGUCUGCCAGGCUUGAAGGGAGAUAAGGGAGACGUUGGAGAACAAGGACCCCAGGGAGAAACAGGACAUCCUGGUGAGAAAGGCACAUCAGCAUCGGGUGACAUCAUCGACUUCAAUGGCAAACUCUUAGAUGCUUUUCAGGCCAUUAAGACCAUCAGUGUUUCGGGACCUCCUGGUCCUCCUGGACCCCCGGGACCACCAGGAAAAGAAGGGCCAACGGGUGAACUUGGCUUGCCUGGGCCUGCUGGGGUUGAUGGUGAAAAGGGUGAUAAGGGAGACACUGGAGAGCCUGGUGAAGCUGGAGAGAGGGGCGAGAAAGGAGAAAUGGGCCUCUCUGGUCCCGCUGGAAUGGAUGGGCAGAAAGGAGAGAAAGGAGACUCUAUACUAGAGGACAAUCUGGUUCAGAUGAUUUCACAGCCAGGACCACCAGGACCUCCAGGCCCACCAGGAACUCCCGGAUACAUGGGUCAUCGUGGCAUGCCAGGUCCAAAAGGUGAUCCAGGGGAAAAUGUUAAAGGAGAAAAGGGAGAAGCCGGUGCUCCAGGAAUUCAAGGCCUACAGGGUCCGCGGGGUCCUUCGGGGGCAACCGGAUUAGUUGGUCUUCCCGGCACAAAGGGUGAAAAGGGAAAACAAGGGGAACCUGGAUUAGAUGGUUUUCCUGGAGUUAAAGGUGACAGGGGUGAUCGGGGGGAGAGAGGGGAAAAGGGAGAUCGCGGUCCUGUUGGAAAGAGAGGACUCAAGGGGAAGAAAGGAGAACAGGGGCCGCCAGGUCUGGACCAGCCCUGUCCCGUGGGCUCUGAUGGAUGUAAAAAAGAGGUAGUGGAAACGGGGCAUUCGGCCCCAGAGGCUCCCUGCCCACUGGGUCCAGAUGGGCUUCCAAUACCAGGCUGCUGGCACAAGGAACAAGGGAGGCUUCAGAAGCUCAAGAGGAAGCGUCUCUCCCAGCCUUGAUGUUCUCCAAGAACCCGAGGAGUUUAAUUGACUUAACGGUCCCUCAAAAGACAGCAUCUCAAAAAUAUUGGUUAAUAUUGACUGUCCUCAAUGUGCAUGUUGUAUGAGGGUGCAAACAGCCCUCAGUUUGGUCAAUAUUUUUUCAUGGAGGAACAUGAUUGAGAUGAGCUCUUGGAGAGGAUGUGAGAUCAGGGAUUGGCCUCAUGGAUGCAUUUGCUCAGCAACAGCAACAUGGGAAGCUAUGGCAUGGAAUAAUACAGAACCGAUCUUUAUUUUGGGAUUACUAUUGAACAGUAAUUUACGAUGAUUAAUUUCUGUUACUGUUAAAUGCUUGGUUUAUUUCUUAUUUUUUAGCCGAUUAAUACAGGCAAAAAUACAUAGCAAGCAUCAGGAAAUGACGCCCAAAGACCAACUGUCAGAAGGCAAGCAUUCGUACGUUAUUGCAAAAGAAUAUACUCAUUGACAGUAAAAGGAUAUACUGCAUCUCUUUUAAAACAGCGCAGCAUAAUAGUGAGCAAGAAAAGUGUGUUAUAUUGUAUCUCUUUAUUUUUUAUUUCUUUAAAACUACUGCAUCUACAUUUUGUUAGUGCACAUUUGUUGUGAUACUUUGUAUGAGAUAUAUGCUAACUGUGACUACCUGCCGUUACAAUCCUUUAUACAUAUUCCAUAGUUUUGUUCAUAGUAAUUUAUGGUAUGUACUGAUUGCUUUUUAAAGAUGGUGAAAACUGAAGAUUUUUUGUGAACAGUUUUCACAAAGAGCUGUUUUUAGAUUUCAGAAAGUACUGCUGUCCUUUCUUUUAUAGCAUGAAAGCAAAGAAAGCAAUUUUGUUGGUUUUAUAUUUACAUUGCUUGGCUUUCAAAGAUUCAACACAAAGAAAGAACAUCCCAACCGAGGUGAUGGAUUUCCCCCCCAGAAGAUUUAGCAUGUUUAGCAUACAUUUCCAGUGGCAUAUUCUUCUUCAGGGAUUUUCAAAUCACUCAACCUACAGGGUUCCUCACACCCCACCCCCAAUGUUCAAGCCAAAUCUACACCCUUGAGGGUUCCCAUGGUCAAAAAAAUCUGGAAAUAUCAGGGAAUGUUAUACUUUCAAUAAUGUUAAAUGACAGUUUGCUCUUUACAAUGAAUCGGUCACACUAAACACAAAGAGGUCUGUAAGAUUCAUUCAAUAAUUGGUUGGAAUUUAAACUUUUUUUAAUCCUCCAGUAAUAAAAAACUAUUGGAAAAGACAUUAAAACUCAGUGGUUAAAAAAGUGUGGGAACCCUGUACAUAAGCAUUUUUUUAAAUAUAUUUAUUGGUAAUUAUCAAAUAACCAGUGAUCAACGCAUGAAAACUUCUUAUAUACAUAUUGCUACACAGAUAAUGGGUUUGGAUUUCUAUGAACAUUAUUUGACAGACAAAGUUUGUCUUUGAUUUACUGAGUGAUUUAAGUAACUGUAAAAAGCAUCUUGAUUGACCAACAACAUGAUUGAGGCAUUUUAGAAACAAAAUAGAAUGGGAUGAAAUUUCCAGAACAUUUUACUCUAUAACUUUUGUUUGACUUUCUUUACAGUGGUUUUAAAUGCAAAGAAUGUUGUAUUAUGAAGAUAUUGAAAGGUUUUGCUGCUGAAUCAGUAUUUGUAUUUAAUAGUUGAUAUGGGUUAAAAAAAAAAAAAAAACUGCAUAAUUAGCUACUGCUUGACAGCCAUAACAUGCAUUCAUAUGCUUCUUAAAAUAUGUUUUAUAAAAUAGAAAUUAAAGUUUGUUACAAUUUAACCUA